AUGCCAACAUGCUCUAAAGGACCAGAAACAGUAUCUAUUGAGCCCUCUGUUACUAUCAAAGUCGGAGGAAGGCAAACAAUUGCUAAUAUACUUGGCGGUCUCGGAGGUAGCGCUAGGUUCCGUUCUAGUUCGGGAAGACGUAGGCAUGAAAUCUCCUAUCUAUUAUGUUACGAGAGCAAAAACUCGUUAUCCGCACCUAGAAAAAUUGGCCUUACCUUUCAUAGUUGCCUCUCAAAAGCUUAUGCCUAUUUUCAAUACCACCCUAUAGCCGUGGUAAGAACCUUUCCCCUAUGGAAUGUCCUUCACAAACCUGAGUUGUCAGGUAGACUGGCCAAAUGGGCAGUUAAAAUCAGUGAAUUUGAUAUUGAAUAUAAGCCUAGGACUGCAAUCAAAUCACAAGUUUUGGUCGACUUCAUGGCCGAUUGCAGUCCCGGGUUACUACCUUUUGCCACAAAAGAAGCAGUGAUGGUGUUGCAAACGACAUCAGGAGUUUGGAACUUGUUCACGGAUAGAGCUUCCAAUGUGAAAGUGUCUGAGAUCGGGGUGGUCUUAAUCUCUCCAUUGGGAGAGAUUCUGAGGCAGGCCAUAAAAACUGUUCUCUUGACUAACAAUGAAGCCGAGUAUGAGGCUUUGAUUGCAGGACUUGAAUUGGCCCGGGGCCUGGACUCUAAUGUCAUUGAAAUUAAAUGCGAUUCCCAACUAGUAGUAAAUCAAGUAUAUGGAAUCUUCGAUACUAAGGAGGAACGCAUGCAACAGUAUGUGGUUAUAGUUCAAACAUUGGUCGCACUGUUCAGGGAAUGGUCAAUUAACCACAUCCCGAGAGAAGAAAACACAGAAGCAUAUGCUUUGGCCAAUUUGGGAUUGUCCACAAAAAUGAAGGGAUCGGAUUCCGGUACGGUCGUACAUAUCAUGCACUCGGUACUAGAUGUGGAUGGUUAUUAUGAAGUAAAUACAACCAACCUAGUCUGGGACUGGAGGAAUGAGAUCAUCGACUAUCUUGAGCAUGGCAAGUUGCCCGAAGACCCGAAGGCAUCCCAGGAACUUCACACCAAAGCAGCUAGUUACAUCUUCUGGGGAGGACAGUUAUACAGAAGGUCAUUUCAAGGCCCGUUGGCCCAGUGUUUAGGAGACACCGAGGCUAAUUACGUCACGAGAGAGGUUUAUGAAGGAAUUUGCGGGAAUCAUUCAGGUGUAGAUUCAUUGGUCCUAAAAUUAGUUAGGGACGGAUACUAUUGGCCUUGA